AUGGCUUCUGCAAGUGCAAAUGGUGGCUCUAAUGGCUCUGGCUCUCCUUGCGGGGCAUGCAAGUUCCUCAGGCGAAAGUGUGCAGCUGACUGCAUCUUUGCACCUUACUUUUGCUCAGAACAAGGCCCUGCUAGAUUUGCAGCCAUACAUAAAGUGUUUGGUGCCAGCAACGUUUCCAAGUUGCUUUUGCAUAUACCAGCUCAUGAUCGUUGUGAAGCCGUUGUCACAAUUGCUUAUGAGGCUCAGGCUCGUAUUAGAGACCCCGUCUAUGGCUGUGUCUCUCACAUUUUUGCCUUACAACAACAGGUGGCAUGCUUGCAAGCACAGCUGAUGCAGGUGAAGGCUCAGCUGGCUCAGAACCUGAUGGAGUCCAGGAACAUGGAGAAUAAUCAUCAGUGGCCAGGGAAUCACAGUGUUGCAGGACAAACAAUGAACCAUCCAUUUUGUCCCACUUACAUGAACCCUAUAUCUCCUCAAAGCUCUCUUGAGUCAAUUGAUCACAGCAGCAUCAAUGACGGAAUGAGCAUGCAAGAUAUACAGAGCAGAGAGGAUUUCCAAAUCCAUUCUAAGGAAAGAUCAUACAACAACAAUGACUUGGGUGAGCUGCAAGAACUGGCACUCAGAAUGAUGAGGAACUGA